GUUACAUGCGUCUUUUAGACUCCCGUAGCGGCAUAAAACGUGGCGUCUAGCAUAGUUUACCGGAUGAAUUUGUGACAAUUUGGUAUUUUUGGUAGCCUUAAGAUACUCGGGUUGAUUAUCAAGCUUUUCACUUACAUGGUAGUUGGGCUCAUUAACUACAACAAGACGAGUCUACUCAGCGAGAGCAACCAUGAAACAAGCAAUGUCGUAACGGUUGGAAAAAAUUCGUGUGUGGCUCGAAGGUGGAUAUACAGCCUCGCUCCUUCAGCAAAAUUUCAUUGAUCGCCUAAGACUGUCACAUUAACACACCCAGACUUGUAGUUCAUCCACAGAUAUCGAAAGGAGGUGAUAUUUACUAGUUAUCCCAAGGAAAUUUAAUUUAACGAAUGACUACCUCAGAGCCAAUACGGUUGAAAAUCGACAUGAACGAAAAAUCUAAAGGAGAUGCGGGUUUCCAGUGGCCGGAGGAACAGCGAAAGUACUGGAUUGUGGCCAUGUUUUGUGGUACACUAUUACUGUACGCUGCCAGAUCAGCUGUACCUUUGUGUAUGGCAGCCAUGAGCUCUGAAUUAAAGUGGGACAAAGAGAUCGAUGUAAGUCCUGCCGUGUCCAUGAGUAGAACUGUGUGUAUUGAAGUGGCUGUUAUUUAAUUUAAGCAAAUUAUUAGUUUCUCGUUUAAUUUGUUUACCGAAAAACAGUAGGGAGAAAUCUCAACAGUUGAUGGCCCGAAACGGCUUGAAUCUUACAGAAAAGAAGAUGGAAAAAGUCGCAUCCGACUGAAAGUCAACCUCAACUUUUAUUUUGUUAUUGAUGUCUUGUAUAUUCCUUACAUCUAUUUAAACGCAAGUUUUUGUUUGCCCAGCCUUACUCGAACUAUUCUCUGUGUAAAUUUUCUGUGUAACACAUUAAUCAUUGCCUUUGAUUUACCCUUGGCAAGAGCAAAUUUUUGACAACCUUAAGUGCCUGGUUACCUUAGGGCUUAUUUUGUUUGUGUUUGAUGUAAAUCUUUCAACAAGUAGCCUUAAGUAGGUGUGACCCCCUGUUCACAAAAAAUGCUUCAAGCAGAAAGCCAGCAAAUAGUGUACCAUCAAGUCUAUGUAGUUUUCUGAGAUUCAAAAAAAAAAGACCACAAAGAUUAGAAAACAUGUUAACAUUAUACUCUUGCCUAACAAUUCUCACAAGAUUUUUUGUUUAUCUAUAGAGCAAGAUGGGUUUGUGAUCAACUUACUAACCCAUUAGUAGGGUUUAGCUUGAGAAAUAUCAGUGUGAUGAACCAGGAGUAAAAUUUGAAAAUUGCAAAAGUUGUGUCAAUUUUUCCCUUGUGAAAAAAUUGGAAACAUUUGAAUUUGUACUAGUGUGACUGGGUUCUUAGGAAGUCAGCAAUAUUUUUCUCAAUAAAUCUCUGCUCCUUACAGUUUUGAAGUUUUUGGUAUGACUAUGGAGUAUUUCAAGUUUGAAGAGCUUUGAUAAGAUUUAGCAUGACCAAAAUAAUCACUGCUAUUUACAAACAACCAACAUUUUUGCUAAGUAAUCAAAUUUUUGUCAGUGAGUAUGGGCCCUUAGUUCUGUUCUGAUGUCAUGUAGAAAUGAGGAGCUGUGCAUACAGGAAGGUUUAGACAGAAACUUCAACUUUCUGUGCAACCAAUCUUUUUCUUUAUGCCUGAAACAUUCAGUUAUUUUAUUUCUUUUCCAGGGAGCAGUUAUGUCUGCCUUCUUUUGGGGAUACAUGCCUGCACAGAUCAUUGGCGGAUAUUUAAGUGACAAAUAUGGUGGAGAAGUAAUAUUAGGAGUUGCUGCAAUUGUCUGGUCUUUAUUAACAUUGGCUGUUCCUUUUAUAACAGUGUCGCCAAUACUUUUCUUCUCUCCUACCGUGAUUAUAUUUGCUGCUAGAAUGUGCACUGGUUUAUCCCAAGGUUUGUGAUGAAAUUGUAUUGAAUCUUGAAUCUUGAUAAUAAUAUAAUAAGUAGAGAGUAGUAUAUGGGUGGGUGGUAUAUAGAUAGGGAAUUUUUCUUCAAGCAUUCAACACAAUAUCGCAUGAAUGAGCAUAGCAAACACAAAAUAGAAAUUCCACAUCUACAAGCGGCCAUGUAUUAUUUGUUUAUUAUGUAAACACCCAACUGUAGGUCCUUACUGACAAGAAAAGUUGACUUAAUUAAUUAGUGAAGAAUCCAUAGGGAAACAGAAUUUUUUCUUUGUCCUAUGCUCAUGACAAGACAAAAAAACAUCUUUCUCUAUCUCUUUACCGAGCACAAAACUCACCAUCUCUCUUAUUUCUAUCUACAAACAUUAUGCUAUCAACAUUGCUGAUCCUAGCAGUAUGCAGGAUGCAUGUCAUAUGAACUUCAUAAAAGACCACACUCUCUGUGGCUCGGUGGUAGAGCAUCAGAGCACGGAAUCUGAAGAUAUUUCCAAGAUUUUGUUGAUGGUUUGCCAUAAAAUUUCUUUUGAAUUUGUGAAUCAACAAAUAUAAAACCUUUGACACAGCAACAGGGAUCAGUUUUGUCAAAUAUCCUUUUGUCAGCAGGAAACCAACAAGAGUCCAACAUAACACUCUCCUGUAAGCAGACAUACACCCUAUUUUUCUGUGGUAUAUGAACAUAGGAAUAAUUCUUAUAGGUGGACAGUUCCACUAACAGGUCCUUUUUCCAAUCCCCAAGGGUUUCCACCUACAAGAGAGUUGACUGUGUUUACAUGAAAAUGACACAGAUUGAUAGUUGCUGAUUCUUACCAUUCUUAAAUAUCUUUCUUUCAAUUUUAGGUUUACAUUAUCCCUCACUAACAAACAUAAUUGCUAAGAGAAUUCCAGUAAAGGACAGAACAUUUUUAACAAGUACAAUAUUUGCUGGUGGACCUGUAGGGUAAGUUAAGAAAUAUGCUAUACAUACUCAACAAAAAAAAUUAAUUUUAAGAUAAGAAUGUAGACAAAUUCAUUUGACUUAUAUAUCUCCUUCUCUUGAGGUACAGAAAUAAGAUUAUUUGACAAGGAAAUACUAAAGAAAAUACAGAUCAAAUUAGGCUGAAGUUGUUUUAAUUUUAAAUCAUUUUAAACUGUAGUUAAUCUUGAAAAUAUUAUCACCCCCUAAUAUAUAACAUCAGUAUACAUAUUCUCCAUACUGUUCUCUAAACAUUUUCUAUGGUGCUGACAAGGAGAAUUUGUUUAACAAUCAAGACUUCCUCUUGUUGGUGAUCAUUACCUUUGUUCUCAUGACCAGAAUGUUUGAUUCAGGUGUGAUAUUGUGAGGAGAAAUUUAAUGCUGGUCACUUGAAAGGGUUGAAGGAGAAGCAUAAUUUUAUUUCCUCCAGUAAAAUAUGAUAUGAAAGCAUGACUUUGAUCAGGUUUCAAGAUGCUAAACAGUAUUUAAGAUGUUUGGAAAUCACCUUCAAUACUGCCACUUUUAAGACUGUUUAUCAACCUGCUUACCUGAGUUAUUACAAAAAUCUUACCACUUAACAAUUGGUUCAUAUGUCAGCAUAUGUUCAUCGAGAUAUGAAGCACGCAGGAAGUUUGGAGAGAACAAAAAUGCAUAAGAGUUGCUUGAGGCUACUUCUUGAGUGCUCUACAAACUUCCCAAGUGCUUCAUAUCUCCAUGAAUGCACAGCUGACGUAUGAACCAAUUGUUUUAUAACAUUUAUAUUUAUAUUUUCCAACUUGGACUCACUCAGAGUUGCAAAAUGGGAUGACACCAGCCAUGCUUGUUGUUUGUUUUCUUUUUCUUUUCAUUUUUUUUGGGGGGGUUAAAAACUCCAUUCCCAGAGAAAAAGUAGGCAGUUCUUCCUCAUCAACUGGCUCACAACUUUCCAUGUUUAGCUUAAAUUGCUGCCAAAGUCUUAACCAGUUUUUUUGUAGUAAAAUCCCAAAGUAAAAAAUUGCGUAGAAAAUUUUUUUUCUUGAGGGAUUUGUUUGCUGAUGUCAUGAGCGUGCACAAUAGGGAUAUGAAGCAUGCUCAUGCAAUUGAAUUUAAUUUGACAAAUUUACUAGCUAUGUUAUAAUUAUUUUUGACUCCUCUUUGCAAUCUGUUCCAACAACUACCGGUACUGGUAGCCUUGCAAAGCCUAGGACAGGGUACUUUCUAUGUUAUAAAAAGGGCAUGGUAGAUCUAAGAAUUCCCUCUGCCUUAGUUCAAAUGACAAAUGAGCAUUUUUGUUGCAAAUGGAAGAGAAUUACUACUGAGUAAGGUGAUAGAUGUACAACUGGUGUUUUCCUUCCCUUUAAGUUUCAACCCAAAACUAUAUUGUGAAAUGGAAAGGGAUAAUGAUGUUUCAUGUUCUUUUUUUCCAUAGCACAUUGUUCAUGGGCAGUGUUGGUUCAUUAUUCCUCUCUUACAUGGGUUGGCAUAGCGUGUUUAUUUUUCAUGGUCUAAUGGCAUUGUUAUGGGCCUGUCUUUGGAGAUAUUAUUUAGUUUUACCAGAAUUUGAACUUGGAAACAUCAAAAUGGUUGAACCAAGCAGUUCUGAACGGGCACACCUACUCAAUGUUCCAUGGGAGACAUUUGGAAGACAUCCAGCUGUCUGGUUUGUAUGCUGUCACUAUCAUCAGUGUCAUCAUUCUCAUUAUCGUUGUCAUCAUCAUGAUUAUAUGAUUGUGUGGUUUAUUUGUCCAUGUGUGUGUAGCUUGAGAAGGACUGUUAUCAGUUGUGGUGCCAAAUGUUUCAACAACCGUAGUGAAAGUCAUCAUCAGAUUGUUGAUCAGACAACAUGAUCCAAUGUUACUCUCAGGCUCAAUUUUCUUUAUCUUUCAUUAUUAUUGGAAUGUUGGUGUUUUUGUUGUUGUUAUUGUUGUGAUUUCAUUGUUAACCUUUUUUUAUUGUCAGUAUUAACAUUUCUUUCUAGUUUUAAUUGUUUACAUGUCUUUCUUUCUACUUAUUCCUUUUUUUUAUGUACUAACAUGAACUCAUAAAUUACUUGCAGACCUAACAAAUAUGAGGUUGCAAAUUCUCUCUUACCUGUUACCCUUUUACCAAUUUUUCUUUUCAGGGCUCUGGUUGUUUCACAUUUCUGUCAAGGCUGUGCAUUCUGGAAUGUGUUUGCAUGGCUUCCCAUGUUUUUUGAGGAGCGUUUUCCUGGAAAUGAGGUAUCUUCACUUAAUUUUACCUCUCCAUCCCCCUUAAAAAAAAGCAGUUGAGGAAAAACUUGGUUAUUUGUGAGUUUUUAACCUUGUGAGUCACACCAUAUCUUGUCUGUGACAACUGUCCUGUACUGCAUGUACAGUGGGUACCUUAGAUGAAAAAUAAUGAAUUUGAAAGCAAUCUUAGCAUUAAUGAACACUACUUAAGUGGAAGAGAAAAUAAGACCUGAAAAAAUUCAGGUCUGUACAGGAUUUGACCCCAUGACCUCUGCGAUACUGGUGCAGUGCUCUGCCAACUGAGGUAACAAGCCAACUGAGAGUUGGUCAUACUGUUGGUUCAUAAUAAACCCACGAAGUGAAGAUAUAAGAAAUAAUGUAUGUCAAACAAUAAAUUUUUUAAACUGCUGCCUCCCAAAUAUUAGUCAGUCACCAUAAGGGACUUUAAAUGAAACAUGACAGUGACUGCAGCAAGGAUGUAAAAAAAUAAUAGAUGUAAUGGCCAGAACAAUAGCUCAGCAGAUGCUUUUUAAACUUUUGUACAUUUAUCAGCUGUCCUCUACAAAACAACAACACAAAAUCACCAAAAUUUUCAUGGCCUGAGAACAGAAACCCUGAUGGCAAAUUAUUCAAGUUCCUAUUUAGAAUUCAACAUUAAUCACAUGUGGUGUAAUGAUGUGCUAAAUUUGAGGUGUGGCACUGCCAGAGGUGAUAAAGAGAUCCAGUCAUUUUCAAAAAUUCUUACUAAAAUUAAAAAUUUAAUUUGAAUUGCUGUUUUCCUUGAUGUUGCCCUCCUGACUGCUUAAGGUCCCUUCUGCCAACUGAGACAGAUGGUGGAAUUGGGUGCCGUAGGUCCCUUGAAGGAAAUUGAUGUACAAACAAUAACUAUAAAUCUGUUGCUGAUCCCUCCUGUAGAAAUGGAUAUUUAAUGUCCUUCCAUGGUUGCUAUACUUCCCAGUGGCUCUGUUUGUUGGACAUGUAGCAGAUAGCAUGAUUAGAAAAGGUUAGUUAUUAAAUCACUCAUUGAACUAUUAUGAAAUCCUUUGGUUAAUGCCAUAUAGUACUUAGCAGAAGCAUUUUAUGUGUUGUUCUGUUUAAUGAAAGUUUCCACACAGUUCUUAAGUUUCCAAAUGCCUCAUCCUCUCUGUUUAUCUCAAGGUGAUGUGUUUGAAUCAGGGACUAUGGGAAAGGGCAUUCAUUUUUUUGUUGUUGUUUUUGUUAGAAACAGAACAACAGCUGUUUAUGAACUAUUUAUGGUGGUUUUGUGUGCGUAGCCAUGUAAUUUACCUGUGUCAUAAAUUGUGGUAUCCACAGCUGGAUUACUAGCAUCAAAGAUAAUUUUUAAUUAUAGUUUUGUUGAGAAGCUUAAAACAUAAGUACUAAUAAAUUUUAAUAUAUAAUUUCAAUGGUAAAGACAAAAAUUGUGUUAUCUGCAGAAUACUUCCUGUUGAACCUUUCACUCCCAUGAUUGAUCCUUGAACAAAUUCAGAACUUUCCAGUUCAUUCCUUUUAUGGCUCAAAAUUGUAAUUGGAUGCAUAGAUUGUUGAUAAAUGUUCCUUAACCAGCCUUCAAAAUUUCAUGUGAAUUUGGCAUCUACUUCCCUAACAAAGUUUCACCAGUCAACAACCUACUAAGGUAAAGCUUUCGAAAUCAAUGUUAACCAACUGGAGAGCAGGGGUUUGCAAUCUCAGAUCUUUUCUUGGAUGGGAGUUAGUUUAGAUACACACCCUAUGUGAUAUAGGCUUUCCCCUUAAAGUUUGCAUUUGAAAGGCAGCAUGGAGUUGAUUACUGUAAGUGAUUUGUUUCUUGUGCAAGAUCUACUCCAUCCUUCUUCCUUUGUUUCAUAAGGGGAUAAAGGAGAAUUUGGUUGGAGAGUGGUGCCUUCUAUCUCACGUCAAUUAGAAUUUUUUCCCCUGAACCCUCUUCACCUACUCUUUAAUUAGCAGAUGAUGGCUGAAAUAUUCCAUCGUGUGAAAGAUGAUCAGUUAGCGUACUGUGUAGCAAGGUUUUAGCAGUCUUUUUCAAAGAACACGGCAGAAGCAUUGCAAUUAAUUCGAUCCUCUAUCUUCUUACUAUUCCUGCUUUGUCAAUUCUGCAGGAUCAUCAGUUACUUUUGUCAGGAAAUUCUUUCAGGUAAUUUUCUAUUUUUAAUGUUUUCUGUUUUUUAAUGUUCUUAAUAAAAGCUAUUCACUGAAAAGUACAAGAGUGAAGAAAACUAUAUGUUAUUUAUUUUCAUUAUUGCAAUCUUGGUUCUGUAAUAUGAUAUACUGGUCAUUUGCACAGAUUCCAUCUGUGCUUCCAUUACACUAACUUCUAUAAUUUUUGUCAUCAUUAUUAUCGUUAUGUUAAAAGAAAUUCAAAUCAAAUGGUCAAAAGUUGUUCAAAAGCUGUCCACAGACUGAGUGUCUAACUGGCCUUAUGUGCGUGGCACCAGAUAGAGCAUUGGAUCAUUAUUAUUAAAGUGAUUCUUCAUAUAUAUAUAUUAUUGUGAGGUUUGUUAUUUCUCCUUUUACUUAUUUAUUUAUUUUUGCUGAAGUGCAAUUUUAAUGCUUUUUUUUACAGACUCUUUCAAUGUGUGGUGGGGCACUUUUCAUGAUUCUUAUUACCAAGUCAUCCAACUUUAGUCAGGCUGUUUUUUGCAUGAUGAUGGCCAUGAGUAUGAAUGCAUUAGGUAAUGCAGGCACUCCUGUCGCACCCCAAGAUAUGUCUCCCAAGUUUGCUGGGACACUCUUUGGUAAGUAGCUUUGUUUGCUGGGUGUCAGAGAUGGGAGAAUUUUUUUAGUUAAAUUUAAGUUGCCUAUUUUUUAUUCAGCAGUGGAAGGAUCCUGCCUUGUACUCUCUGCUUUAUGGGUUACACCAAUAACAAUCACGAGCAUGUAUCUUUGUAUCCCAUUUUCAAGAGGAAUAGGUUAUUGAUCGAUUUCAGUUUUAACCCUUUAACUCCCAAGAUCUGAUUGUUAAUUUUCCUUCUAGCUGCAACACAUUUCCCUGUAACUUAGUUAUGAGAAUUUGGUGUUAGAUCAAGACAACAACCUGUAUCUGAUAAGUUUGAGAAUUCUCAUCAUCUCUGUGCUGGAUAUGGAAUGGAUAUUAUAGGGAGAAGUUACAUGUUAAUCACUCUUGGGGGUUAAAAGGUUAAAGGGUUCAAAACUUUUGAAACCAAACACUAAAGGCAAGACAGUACUGGAAAUAACAGCCGGUCACUGAAAAUUGUUGGAAGGAAUUUUGGCAAAUGUAGGGCUAUUUUUAUGUAAUAAUGUAAUGCCAAUGAUAAUUGGUGAAAGAAAAUGUUUAUUUGAACAACUUUGUUUCUUUGACCGAAGUCUAAUUUGUAUUCUCAAAGUAUGCUUGAUAAACAAAUUGAAUUUAGAUUUUUAAAAUUCCAAUUGAAUGAAGUGAUGCUAAAUUUAGUGAAGUUAAACUUAUAAAUUUUGUGAGGGAAACGAAAAGGAAAAGGACACAAGUCCUCUUAGGGGAGAAAUAUGACUGGUUUCCUGCAGUGGGGUCAGAGGAAUUGUUGUUAGUUCCAAAGCUCUACACCCAAGAGAAAUGUGAUCAUGAAUUCUUUAAAUCUUUUUGUUCACUUUUUUGCUUUUUCUUUUUUAUCUCUAGGAAUAAUGAACUCAGCAGGUGCAUUUUCAGGUGGGUUGCGUGGACAGAAAUUUGCUAAAUUACCUCUGUUGAUUUGACCCCAAACAAAAAACACCAAUGACACAAGAAUGUUAUGGGACUGAAUCCUGCUAGAACCUGACCAGGCACUAUCUUCAGGUCCAAAGGGUGUAUGUGUUUGCUGUGAACUUCCUCUUUCCAAGACCUUUCUUUUUCAUGAUCUUUGCCUCAGUUGUUUUUCACACUAGAUCAUCGUCAUCAUGUUGCAUUAUAUUACACAUUCAAACCCUUAACUUUCUGAUUUUAAUAUUUACAUUGCUAUAAUUCAGCCUUGCAUGUAAGGCUGAAAUCGUUUGUGACUUGGUCUUUACCUUAAUGUCUCAAGCUUUUUGGGUGGAGUAUUGUGUUCCAUUCGGACCUUAAACAAAACAAGCACAAGACAUUAUAAUUGGGUAAUUCGAUGUGCUUCUGUCUCUGCCUUCAAUUAUCCUAUUCUUCUCUGUUAAGUUUUGUUUAUUUUUUACAGGAAUUGUUGGCCCCCUUCUCACAGGUUACCUUUUAGAAGUUGGUCACAGAUGGGACUAUAUAUUUAAAUUGAACGCUUUAGUACUCAUCUUGGGUGCUUCGGUGUUUCUGUUAAGAGGAACUGCAAAGAAAAUAGUGUAG